AUCCCUUGCAAGUUAUCCCCCUCCUCCUGCAAGUUAUCCCCCAUCCCCUGCAAACAUAUUUUCCCCCUUCCCUUGCAAGUUAUCCACUUCCCUACAUGUUAUCCCCCUUCUCUUGCAUAUUUCCCCCUUCUCCUGCAAGUUAUCCCCCUUCCCUGCAAGUUAUCCCCCUUCUCUGCAUAUCCCCCUUCUCUGCAUGUUAUCCCCCUUCCCUGCAUGUUAUCCCCCUUCCCUGCAAGUUAUCCCCCUUCUCUGCACGUUAUCCCCCUUCCUUACAUGUUAUCCCCCUUCCCUUGCAUAUUAUCCCCCUCCUUACAUGUUAUCCCCCUUCCCUUGCAUAUUAUCCCCCUUCUCCUACAAGUUAUCCCCCUUCCCAGACAUAUUAUCCCCCUUCUCUGCAUGUUAUCCCCCUUCCCUGCAUGUUAUCCCCCUUCC